GUUGCAAUAGAAGGAAAUAUUGGAAGUGGGAAGACAAGUCUUUUGAAGUACUUCAAGGAAAACUUCGUCAGUGGAGGUAUACUAUACAUGCAAUGUCACAAGCUUAAUGGACAAUUUCUGGAUUGCAGAUUUAAUAGCAAUCAUGUUAGUUUAAUGUUGUCAUGUUAAGAAAAAAGAACGAAAUUGGAUUAGGGAUCAGAGAUGUGAUACUGGUCACUGGGCAUGGUUCUUUGCAUUUAAAUACUGUUAUAUAUCAUUAUACAUUAUUUGUGAUAAUAUUGGUGGAUAUCUCAAGACUACUUUGAUAAAGGAAUAUUUACUUUCUAACCAGGUCAUUGAAGAGCCAGUGAAGAAAUGGCAGAAUGUUGGUGGUGCCAAUACUCUGGUAAAAAUUAGUUUUCAUAAAUAGAUAAUAUUAUAUGGAAAAAUAGACCUUUUUACCGAUACGGCGGCCAUAUUGAAUUAAUUUGAAUUAAGGAGUAUUAUAGGAUGCCCAGGGGGCAUGAGCACAUUUCGUUUGUAUUUUUGAGCGCUUUUCGGGACAUUUUUUCGUAAAGUUUUCUUAGAAUAAGAUUGUAAUGGGAAAAAAGAUCCUUGUGCCGUGUUUGGAUGUACUAAUGAUCGCCUUUUUCUAGUUUAGUAUUAGAAAUAUGGUCUUUCACUGUCUAUUUCUCGGGAAAAGGCAAUUAUUAUUACAUCUAAACACAGCACAAGGAUCUUUUUUCCCACUAAAGCUUUAUUCUCAAAAGCUUUAGGAAAAAAAAAUGUCCCGAAAAGUGCUGGAAAAUACAAACGAAAUGUGCUCAUGCCCCCUGGGCACAGUCAGAUAUUUGCUGCCAACUCUGAAAGUAUGCUAUUAAUUUGAUAAUAUCAUAUAAAAAUCACUAAAGUAACGGGCUUUGCCACCUGCUACUUUGGUUAUCCUGCCUACUACUGUAAAACAUUUUGACUGAGUUGUAGUGUAUUCCAUAAAAAUGUGCCUCACUAUUUGUUAUUCUUUGUUUUUUAACAGGAUCUUAUGUACAGUGAUCCAAAGAGGUGGAGUUACUUGUUUGAGUCAUAUGUUCUUCUUACAAUGAUGGAAGUACAUCACAGGCCUCAGGUAUCAUUAAAGCCACUGAUCAAGCACGGGUUGAUUGUCUUUUCAGAUUUCCUUUUCAGCUGAGUUUCUAAUACUUGGGCUUUGCUCUUGUAGUGCCUGGUGGUCCCUGGUUAUUUAUUUUCACUCUUAGACGACCAAGAAAUUCGUUUUCUUGCAUAUAUGUUAACAGGUCAAAGUGAAAUUCAGGUUGAAAUUUUUUAACCUAGGUUGAUUCUGAAUUUCCUUUGUCUUCUCGCCCCAAUUCAUGAAUGGCUAGGAGACAAAAGAAAGAGAGAAUCAUCCAAGGUUAAAAAAUAAAAAUUUAACUUGAAUUUUAUUUUGACCUGUAACACAUAUAAGACAUGAUCUUACACUUAGCUAGAUUUUAUAGCAAGGCCAAUAAAAAAUUGAAUUCCAGCUUGUCAUUUUGCAAGAGAAUGACUUGCCUAAACCUUUGCCCAUUGGCCUAAUGUUGUUAAUUUCACUUGUACAGCAAGAAAAUUUGCACUAUGAGACAGGAAAUUGUUUGAGCCCUGCACAUAGGUUUAGAGCUUUCCCCCUCGCCCCCCCAUUCUAUUCUCUGAGCACUGCCUUAAUGAAAGUGAGUUACGCCUGCUUUACAAACAUGCAGUCAGCACUACGUACAGUGUAUAUGCCACACAGUUAUUAGAAUUUUGCCUCAUGUCCAUCUUGUGUGUUAUUGAUUGUUGACAGUUUCAAUUUCUUUGUACCUUAGACUUCACCUGUGAGGCUCCUGGAGAGGAGUGCAUACAGUGCAAGCUUCUGCUUCAUGGAAAAUCUUCAUAGAAGGUAAAACUAUAACAUAACCAAGCGCUAUUUACAGCAGGUUCGUAGCCUUCUCAAAGUGUUUCAAGAAGUAUGUUGUGAGGAGAUGACUCCGGUGCUAAUCGUAGCAAGUGUUCUUAAGGGAACUAAGGGGGUUCUGGAGGCAUUCAGGGGAGAGCUUAAGUGAUAAAAGCUAAACAACUCAAUUAGCAGUCACUUAAAAAGGCUGAACCUGUAGAAGGUGGAGAUUUAGUAGUUUGCUUUAUGUAGCUAACAUAAUGGUACAUGUAGAAUGAAUUGAAGUAUUCUGAUUUUAGUAUCCUCCAUCAUUUUGUCUCUAUAAUUUAUUUUCUUCCUUUAAUCUUUCAUUACAGUGGUACAUUGUCAACACUGGAGUACACAGUCUUUCAAGAGUGGUUUGACUACCUCAUGUCCCAUGAGAAGCCACAUAUAGACUUAAUAGGUUUGCAGAAAGUGUUUUGUGCUGUUUUUACACCAUAAUAUUAAUAGCUACUGGCAAGUAAUGCAUAAAUGCAUGUUCGUCCAAAAAAGACAGUUUGUACAAGGUUAACAAAAACUUUCCAAUCAAUCUACUUUGAGACUGAGAACAGCGCCUUCCUCUUGUGUGUCCUUCUUUUCUGUCUUACAUGUAGCACUGUUUGGCACCAAUUAACUCAAAACCAAGCUCAAGCAACAACAAGAAUGCUUAAGUCCCAGACGUCAUUAAUAGCAACCAUUUGUUUCAUUUUUUUUUUCUGUCUGAAACAGUGAGAUUGAAUGCCUUUGUUUUAGCAAUAUUACUGUAGUAUGAUAACGAACUUUCUGAGUCAGAGCCCUGAUAGAGGAAGAUCAACUUCCAGUCACCAUUCUAUUGCCUCUAUUUUACUAUAAGUGGCUUUGUCUGACCCAUUUCCCACAGAAAAUUUGUCCACUUAUUGUUAUUAUUGUUAUUGUCAAUUUUGUUAUUAUUCAGGGCUUCUGAUAAUUCGCGCGGUCGCGGACCCGCGAAAUUCAGGUAUUUCCGCGAAAUCCCGCGAAAUUCCCCAAAAAACACGAAAUACCGCGAAAUCCGCCAGAAAUAUUUCCAAAUGCAUGUCGGCAAAAUACAUUUAAUACUUAUCUUGGCUAUUAGACCUGUUCUAUUCACCUCAAACGUCCAAAUUUAUCUUGAAACUUCGUCACUGCAACGAGUAAACAACGUCUCAAAACUACCAGGCGUCUUCGAUGAACGUUGCGAAAAACUGGGCACUAACCAUAAUGUUCACAGCUUUAGCAUUUGCUCAUUUCUCGAACGAACUGUUGUUGAAAGAGCAAGUGAUUAUCCCUGUUAAAAAAACGUGAAACAAUGCUGGUCAUAUCGACGCAAAAUUGAUCGAUUUUAGCGAAAUUUGCCAAAAACAUCCAGCGAAAUCGGUUGUUUUUUACUGAUUAUUUCUUGGCGAAGUUUCCCCCAAAAAUUUCCCGUGAAAUCGGCCGAUUUUUCUAAGAAUUUGCCCCGAAAAUCCUUCGAAAUUUGACUUUUUCCGCUAAAAUCCCGCGAAAUCGGCCGAUUUUUCUGCGAAUUUUGACUUUUCUCCAGCGAAAAUCACGCGAAAUGGGCCGAUUUUUGAGCGAGUUUUGACUUUUUUCCCGCGAAAAUCCCGCGAAAUCGGCCGAUUUUUCCGCGAAUUUGCCCCUGAAAAUGCCGCGAAAUUUUGCUUUUUUUUCCGCGAAAUAUCAGAAGCCCUUUUAUUGUUGUUAUCAUCGAUGAUGGUGAUGAUGAUGAUGAUGAUGACUUCCAAUACAUUUCUAACUUUUGAGACUCUGGAAGAAAUUGUGGGGUGAGACCUUGUAAAUAUGUCCAUACUCUGGCAUUAAUAUAUUUCUUGUCUAACUAAUGUUAUGGUGAUUUUUAGUAUACCUAAGAACAUCACCCGAAAAGUGUAUGGAAAGGAUAAAGAGAAGAUCUAGAGAUGAGGAAACAUCAGUAUCAAUGGUAAGAGUUAUUUUAUUACAUUCCACAUAUUAAUUAUUGCAUCCUAGUUAACCUUUUUUGAACCAUGGUUUUAUUUUUAGCUGAUGUGAAAAAAAAAAUUGUGAUGAUUUUUUUUUCUUCUUUUCUUAAAGGAAUUACUCGAUUCUUUACAUGAGAGAUAUGAAGAAUGGCUCAUAAAAAAGAGCAAAUUUCAUAUUCCUGCUCCAGUAGUGGUAAGUGUUGCUGGCAUGGAAUGUAUUGACAUGUACAACAUACAGAAGAUUACAUGCAAAGAGAGUUGUGUGUGAUAGCACGGGGCUGGUGGAGUUUAUGAUCAGACUAGCAAGUUCUGUUCUUAACUUGCCUGACUGGCAAGUAGAGGUUCUUUGGAAAUACAAUUAUAGAAGUACCUUAAGACAAAUUAUUUAAAUUCCUGGAUCAAAAGCUACUGACAGAGUGAAAUAAAAUAUUAUUACAGCUAUUGUUGUAUUGUACUCUGAAUAAAUAAUGCUAAAUUAAUAUUAUUUAUCAAUAGUCCUAAUUUUUUGGGCUACUUAAAAUAACUGUCAGGCUUUAAUAAACGUGCUAGCUACAGUUUGCCCAAGGGGCAAGGAGUAAAACUGACUUUCUUUGUGCCAUGGCAUUCUAUUGGUCAUCACCAUUCAUGAGUUUGAUGCAAAUGUUAAAUGCAAUUCCCAAAUAAAAUUUACCAUUCCUGUAUCAGUUAUUUUUUUCGAUUGCUCAAACCGUGAACUGACUGGUUGCCCAAGCCAAUGGUAACCAAAAAAAAUAUAUUUUCUCCCUGUUGGAAGUAAAAUUAUUAUGUUACUUGUUAUGUCCUCUUACAUUCUACAUUAUUUAUCUAUUUCAGGUUGUUGAUGGAAAUAGAAGCUUGAAAGAUAUGUUCCAGUUUUAUGAAACAAAUACCCAACUUCUUCUUGGUAUAAAUGGCUCAAAGAUGGAAUAA